AUGAGCGAUGCACUUUGUGGUCCGUCCAACGCGCUGCAGAACUUCCAGAAGCAUACAUCUGUCGACCGGACUCUUCAGCAGGAUCGGCUGACCUCCAGGCAGCCAUCAGCCCAGGGGUUCCGAUCGCAAAGCCCUCGAGAUGGCGUAUUAGACCCGGAGUUUGCAGCAUUUGAAGCCAACCUCAGCGGCCCAGCCCUGCCAGGCCUACAGCAUCCUGCUCAUUUUGGUAGCCCAGUACAGGCGCACGCUCCCGCCAGUGCAAGUAGUGGCUGGGCCUCAGACUUUCAAAAUCUACACAUUUCCGGGCCACCAGCACCGCAAUUACAGAGAUCUAAUGUCGCCUCAGGUCACGGAGGGUGGCAGAAUGAAUUCAUGAAUCAACAGCAGCCGGCAACUGCUCAUCAUAUGCAAACUCAAACAGCAAAGAAUCGCGGUUUUCAGCCUGCCUUUGCUCCCAGCUACCCAAUGUAUAAUGCUCCGAUGAAUGUCCACCAAGUCCCACAGCAAGCACAUGCAGAGCCUUCCACAUCUAUGCAGCAAUUUGAUGAGUCUGCCUUUGAGGCGGCGUUUGAGCAGGCUCGCGCCGAUAUGGAGCUUCAGAGUGCCGAGACGCCGGAAAUCCAACAGCUUUUGCAUGAUGUUAAUCCUGCUGAGGCUCACAACCUUGCUCAAGAAGAACUUCGGAUUGGAUCAGAUACUAUUACCGAGACCGAGAAGCACGACUUGCAGUCACAAAUCCGCGAUGCUGACGCUCUCGCUCAGACGGCCGGGCAACUCCUUGACAGCGUCCGCCACGAGCAAAGUGAAAAAUUCCAACAAAGCAACUUUCUCGCAUUGAUGCGCCGAAUUCGUGAUAGGGAGGUGGAGGUGAAUGGAGAUGAAUUCCGCGAAACAACGCAAUCACUUCAUCCGCUCCAUCCUGGCGGGCCAUACUACCCGGGUCCACCCUAUCCUGGGCACUCCGCUGCACCGGCCGACAGCCCGGAAGAUACGUCGCAAAUCGGCCAAGACAUCCUUGCCGAGGAAGAGUCACCACGCCUUGGGACUAACCCGUACGGGCCCGGGACAGCAAUGGACUAUACGAAGGCUGGUACCACAGUCGGGGGCUGGUGGAUCGAAGGCGCCCAACCUUUUGUUUCCGUGGCGAAGACCAAAUCUGAUGAAUAG